UAACGUUUAUCCGUUACGCCUCUUCAGUUCGUUCGAUUUGCCUUUAUCGUUUCACGUUUGCGUUAACCAACCUACCAACCAACAACAACCACACAGCUCCAGAAUGAACUACUUUCUAUACUUUCUAUAUAUACACAAAUAACUCUAACUCUGUCUCUCUAUCUCUCCUCUAUCCAAUCUAUCUGUCUGCUGACCUCUGUCUGCGAUUUCCACUGCUGUAAUCUUCUGUCUAGCCUCUGUCCCCUACCCCAAAUCUUUUGCUCGCUUCUGUUGUAAAUAACUAUUUUAUCCUAGACUAAUCAAAAAAAAAAAAGAAAAAAAGGACACUUGUUUCGUUCCCCACCCGCGCUCUGCGUGAUUGUAAAUGUUUCUUUGCCGCGUAUGGAAAAAAAAAUGUUCAAGAAAUUGCUUACUACGUUUAAAUACUCCAUGAAACUAUUAAAUCAUACUUACAUUCGUACGUAGUAAGCUUUUGAAGGAGUGAGAACUGGAAGAUAUAGUUUAAAUGUAUUCAAAACUGCUUGAAGAACUUGAACAACUAACUUUAAUUAUUUUACACAUUUGCAUUUCUGAGAAACUAUAUCUUCCACUUUUUACGCCACUCGCAAGCAGCAACUUUCCUAGUCUUGUCGACCAGUGUAAUUUUGAGAAUACAUGUACAAAAUUUGAAUACCGCACAUGAAUCCAUGGCAUGUUGAUUGUCCUACAUUUGUUUGUUUUCUAUAUAAAAUAACUAGCUUGCGCAUGUGUUUUGUCAUUUUUGAACUUUUUGAACUUUCCCGCCUAAGUGUGUUUAAUGUUUGCCAACACUGGCCAGCUGAUCGUGACCAGGUGGCCACGCUGCGCAAUGGUAAGACCGUACUGCCUGUAAUGCCUGGGUAUUUUUCGCGAUCUGUGACUGGGGUCACACCAUUGCCGCCAAAAAAAAAACAUUUUCAUUCGCCUCGCUAUUUAAACAUUUAAAAUAGCAUUAUCGAAUAGUUUAUUGAAGUCGCGGCCUAAUUUGGGUUUCAUUUAACCGUGCAAACGUGCCGCGCGUUCGAAAUGAGCAGUGAUAAAGUGAAAAACGGCAACGAGCCCGAGGAGUCGGAGGAAUCAUGCGGCGAUGAGUCGGCCAGCUAUACCACCAACAGCACCACCUCGCGCAGCAAGUCCCCGUCAUCCAGCACGCGCAGCAAGCGCCGCGGUCGCCGGAGCACCAAAUCGAAGCCAAAGAGCCGCGCAGCCUACAAAUACGACACCCACGUUAAGGAGAACCACGGAGCCAACAUCUUCGGCGUGGCCUUCAACACGCUGCUGGGCAAGGAUGAGCCACAGGUCUUCGCCACGGCGGGCAGCAACCGGGUGACCGUCUACGAGUGUCCUCGACAGGGCGGGAUGCAGCUGCUCCACUGCUACGCAGAUCCGGAUCCCGAUGAGGUAUUUUACACCUGCGCCUGGUCGUACGACCUGAAGACCUCUUCCCCGCUCUUGGCCGCGGCUGGAUACCGCGGAGUCAUCCGGGUUAUUGAUGUCGAGCAGAACGAGGCGGUGGGCAACUACAUCGGCCACGGACAGGCCAUUAACGAGCUGAAGUUCCAUCCGCACAAGCUGCAGCUUCUGCUGUCGGGCAGCAAGGAUCAUGCGAUAAGAUUGUGGAACAUCCAGAGCCACGUGUGCAUUGCCAUCCUGGGCGGAGUGGAGGGACAUCGCGAUGAGGUGCUGUCCAUAGACUUUAAUAUGCGUGGAGAUCGCAUUGUGUCGAGCGGCAUGGAUCACUCGCUGAAGCUGUGGUGUCUGAAUACGCCCGAGUUCCAUCACAAGAUCGAACUGUCGAACACUUUCAGCCAGGAAAAGUCAACUCUGCCAUUCCCCACGGUGACCAAGCACUUCCCCGACUUUUCUACGCGGGAUAUACACAGGAACUAUGUGGACUGUGUGCAGUGGUUUGGCAACUUUGUGCUCUCCAAGUCCUGCGAAAAUGCCAUUGUCUGCUGGAAGCCGGGACAACUCCAUCAGAGCUUCGAGCAGGUGAAGCCGAGCGACUCCUCCUGCACGAUCAUCGCGGAGUUCGAGUACGACGAGUGCGAGAUCUGGUUCGUGAGAUUCGGCUUCAAUCCGUGGCAGAAGGUGAUUGCCCUGGGCAAUCAGCAGGGCAAGGUGUAUGUGUGGGAGCUGGAUCCCAGCGAUCCCGAGGGCGCCCACAUGACCACCCUGCACAAUUCGCGCAGCGUGUCCACUGUGCGCCAGAUCGCCUUCUCCCGCGAUGCCAGCGUGCUGGUCUACGUGUGCGAUGACGCCACCGUGUGGCGAUGGAACCGCAGACAAACGACUUCCAUCUGAUGGCGCAGCUGGGCGCAACCACAAACCAAAUCUCACGUGGCCAAAACUUACAACAUUUCCCUCAAUUAGUUCCUAGUUGGUUAGCAUUAAGAUAUAGGAUUACGCUGCAGUGCUGUCCCAAAUUAUUUCAAAUAAAUCCAAUUAAUAGUUGGGUGAGGUUUGAAUAUGUAAAGCCGGUUGCUUUUCAGAUGUAAGAACGAAUAGCUGUUGCUUACUGCUGCCUUUAUUUAUUGUAAAUAAAGUAGAAGCAAUGUAAUUUCAUUAAA